AGGGUGUUGUUGGUCUCAUGGCACAAUUAGACUAUAACAGCCCUCACCAUCUCAUAUAAUGACAAUGAAAUCCCAUUCACAAAAUGGCAUUCCCGCGCUUGCUUCGGCGAGGGCUUUGUCUCCCUUUUUAAGCAAGUGCAGCUCAAGUUCAAGUCCUUUCUCCUCUCCUUCUAACCCUACCAGCUCGGCUUCUAAUGCUUCAAUUGGUCGUUUCUCUUACUCGGGGGAGGAGCUGGUUACUGGGUUAGUUAGAUGAGAGACACAUGUUGAUUGGACUUUUUUUUCCCAUAAAUACAUUGGGUUUUAGGGUUUCUCAUAUGAAUCUGAUUGUUUGCAGUGGCGGAGAGGAUGAUCAUCUAAAUGUAUGGCAGAUUUCCUUUCCAGAUGAAAUUCACAACCAUUAAGAUUUAAGCACUGGUCAACAUGUGAAUAUGUGUAUUCUCUUCAUGGUUACAGUGGGCUUUAAAUAUGGUUUUGAAACAGGUCCCAGGUAUAUUUCUUUGAAGACGAUAGUGGGAACAUUCAAAUUUAUUGACUGUAGUACCUGUUAUCCUGUAGCUGAAACUCUGGAUUAGUAUAAAUUCAACAUAUUGAUUUCAGGUGGUUGUAAUUUGAAAAGAUAUUUGCAACCAGAUGAUGGGUUGGGAGAUAAAUUAUGGAUUUAUUUUUGGAAAGAGAGAUGUUUUCUGAAAUUUCCAGUGUAGUCUCUUCCCUUAAUUUUUCCAAUGGCUGGUCAAUCAGACAAUGUGAAAGUGACAGUGGGUGAGGGAAAUGGGGUGGUUGAGAAGUCUGUAUUCUUGCAUGGAAAUUUGGAUAUAUGGAUCAAGGAAGCAAGAUCUCUUCCUAAUAUGGACUUGGCAUCUGAAAGGCUGAGAAAAUGUUUUACAAUGUUUGGGGCUUGCAUUUCUCCCUUUGCCAGAAAACGCAAGAAGAAUCAUGUUCGUCAAGUUAUUACAAGUGAUCCGUACGUGUCUGUUUACCUGGUAGGGGCGACUGUAGCUCAAACUAGAGUAAUUGCCAAUGAUGAGAACCCAUCAUGGGAAGAGCAUUUCUACGUCCCAGUGGCCCACCCUAUAUCAAAGGUGGAAUUACAGGUUAAGGAUAAUGAUGUUCUUGGAGCUCAGCUAAUUGGAGUGGUGGAUAUAUCUGUAGAGAAGAUCCUGCAAGGGGACAAAAUUGAUGGUUGGUUUCCUAUUGUCGGUCCAUAUGGCAAUCCACUAAAACCAUAUCCUGAAUUGCAUCUUUCUUUGCAAUUUAAGACUCUCAAAGAUGACCCUUUAUAUAAAGACGGUGUUGGCGCUGGGCCAGAUUACUCUGGAGUGCCUGGUACAUACUUUCCACUCCGCAAAGGUGGUAAUGUGACCCUUUAUCAAGAUGCUCAUGUGCCUGAUGGAAUACUACCAGAGAUCCUACUAGAUGGUGGAAAAAUUUUUAAGCAAGGUAAAUGUUGGGAAGACAUCUGCCAUGCCAUAUUGGAAGCUCAUCACCUGAUUUAUAUUAUUGGGUGGUCCAUCUACCACCCUGUAAAACUUGUAAGGGAGCCAACGAGGCCAUUACCCACAGGAGGAGAACUAUCACUUGGUGAUCUGUUGAAGUACAAGUCACAGGAAGGAGUUCGUGUGAUUAUGCUGAUUUGGGAUGACAAAACAUCUCAUGACACCUUUCUUCUGAAAACGGAAGGUGUCAUGGAAACUCAUGAUGAAGAAACUCGAAAGUUCUUCAAACACUCAAGUGUACAUUGUGUGCUUUGUCCUCGUUAUGCCAGCAAUAAGCUUAGUAUUUUUAAGCAGCAGGUUGUUGGAACCCUCUUUACACACCAUCAGAAGUGCGUGCUUCUUGACACCCAAGCUGCUGGAAACAAUCGGAAAAUAACUGCUUUCAUUGGUGGUCUCGACUUAUGUGAUGGUCGCUAUGAUACUCCUCAACAUAGGCUCUUCAGGGAUCUUGACAGUGUCUUUGCAAAUGAUUUUCAUAAUCCUACAUUUCCUUCCCGUUCCCGAGGACCAAGACAACCCUGGCAUGAUUUACAUUGUAAAAUUGAGGGUCCUGCUGCAUAUGAUAUAAUGACAAAUUUUGAGCAAAGAUGGAGAAAAGCUACAAAGUGGAAAAAUUUUGGGAUAAAGAAAGUCACACAUUGGCAUGAUGAUGCAAUGAUAAAGCUAGAACGUAUUUCAUGGAUACUCAAUCCCUCUACUUCUGAUCCUGAUGGUGAUCACAAUGUCUGGGUUUCCAAGGAAGGCGAUCCAGAGAGUUGGCAUGUCCAGGUAUUUCGGUCAAUCGAUUCAGGAUCAGUGAAGGGAUUCCCAAAAGUUGUUCAAGAAGCUGAGGCACAGAAUCUUAUUUGUGGAAAGAACCUGAAAAUAGACAAGAGCAUACAUUCUGCAUAUGUGAAAGCAAUAAGAUCAGCACAGCACUUUAUUUACAUAGAGAAUCAGUAUUUCCUCGGUUCUUCUUAUUACUGGCCAUCAUACAAAAAUGCAGGUGCGGAUAAUUUAGUGCCUAUGGAGAUAGCCCUGAAAAUUGCUAGCAAAAUUGCUUUGAAUGAACGUUUUUCGGUGUAUAUAGUAAUACCAAUGUGGCCUGAGGGUGUCCCAUCCAGUGCUGCUGUGCAAGAAAUUCUUUACUGGCAGGGUCAAACAAUGGAAAUGAUGUACAGGAUUGUUGGGCAGGCACUUGAAAAGGCAGGCCUAGCUAAUCAAUACCAUCCACAGGAUUACUUGAACUUCUAUUGCCUAGGUAAGCGCGAAGAUGGUCCACCAGAAGGGCCUCCACAAACAAAUCAGUCUUCUGAAAAUCGUGCAAUGGGAUUAGCUCAAAAGUUUCGCAGAUUUAUGAUUUAUGUCCAUGCCAAAGGGAUGAUAGUUGAUGACGAAUAUGUAAUCAUGGGAUCUGCAAACAUUAACCAAAGAUCUUUGGACGGUUCAAGGGACACAGAAAUUGCUAUGGGCACUUAUCAACCAUGUUAUACAUGGGCAGGAAAGAAGUCUCAUCCGCGAGGCCAGGUAUAUGGUUAUCGUAUGUCUCUCUGGGCUGAGCAUCUUGGUGCACUAGAAGAAUGUUUUCGCGAACCACAGACUCUUGAUUGUGUUAUGCAUGUUAAUAAAUUAGCACGAUGUAACUGGAAGUCAUUUGUAUCUACGGAGAAUAAUGAAAUGAAGGGACACUUGAUGUCAUAUCCAAUCAAGGUGACCAAGAAUGGGAUGGUUGGGCCAAUGCCUGGCAAUGAAAGCUUUCCUGAUGUGGGAGGUAAGAUCCUUGGAGCCCCAACCAAUCUUCCUGAUGCUCUGACAACAUAAGAAGUCUAUUGUUCUCCACAAGAAAAUCACCUAAGGUAAAUCCCAAAACCCAUGGAAAAAAUCAGACCUUGAAGUGGCUCAAAGACAUGUUGUAGAUUACGAAUUUAAUAGAAUAUGAUUCAAUGUUGGAACCCCAAAUGAACAAUGCUACUACUCUGCCUGACAGACUAUUCAUUCUGUGUUGAGGUUUCUAUGUGUAGUUAUUAAAACAAGAAAAAAAGAAGCUCCUAUCUGUGUAUCAUGUUUCAUUUUCAUGAUAGUAAGAAAUACUACGAAAUUGUACUAGGCUGUACUAUUGUAAUUGAUGGAAGCAUAUUAUCUUGU